GUUCUUUGUCGAGACCCUCGUCCUACGGAAGGACAUUUCGCCGACUGAGAAGAGAGCAGGAGGAGAGCGGAAUACCGGUAUAGAUUAUUCGGCUCUCUGUUAUUGUCAAUGCAGGUCCCGAGGUUCAGCUUGUAGACUUAAACGUGGAGGCAUGCGAGGGUGUCUUUAAAAAAGUGUCAUCUUUUUUUUAACCCCUAACAACAGAAAAGUGGAUGAGGAGCAUCGCCUGGGCAGGGAGGGGUCCUGUGGUGCAGGAUUCAUAACAGUGGGCUGAGCGGUGCCGCCAUCUCCGUAUGGAGCCGAGUUGUGUGCAGGCAACUAUGGCUAUGCUUGAUGUCUCAAAAAAAACAUCCUCUAUUUCUCGGAGUGUUGCGGUGGAGCGCAAGAACCUCAUCACGGUUUGCAGGUUUUCAGUGAAGACUCUGUUGGAGAAGUACACCGCCGAGCCCAUCGAUGACUCAUCAGAGGAGUUCAUCAACUUCGCAGCUGUCCUCGAGCACAUCCUCAGCCACGGCUUCACAGGGUCGGGCAGCUGGUUUGAUGGACAGCGCAGCUACUGGGACUUCAUCAGGCUGGCCUGCGGAAAGGUCCAGAACAGCUGCAUCAGCAGCAUUGAGAACAUGGAGAACAUCAGCACCUCGCGGGCCAAGGGUCGAGCCUGGAUUCGAGUAGCCCUGAUGGAGAAGAGACUCUCUGAAUACAUAUCCACUGCCCUGAGGGACAGUCGGACAACCAGGAGGUUCUAUGGUGAUGGGGCCAUCAUGCUAAGGGAAGAAGCCACGGUCCUAACAGGGAUGCUUAUUGGACUCGGAGCCAUAGACUUCAGUUUCUGUCUAAAGGGGGAGGCCCUGGAUGGAAAAUCCUCUGCUGUCAUCGACUACACGCCAUACCUAAAGUUCACACAGAGCUAUGACUACCUGAGUGAUGACGACGACGACCGUCGGAGCAUCGACAGCAGCACGAGCGAUGACAGUGUCCCUGAGCACCCCUACGUCCCGCUGGUCACCGACGAGGAGAGCUGGGCCAACAAGUGCCGCAAGAUGGAGCAGAGGUUCAAGAUUGUCUACGCUCAGAAGGGCUAUUUGGAGGAGCUGGUGCGUCUGCGGGAAUCCCAGUUGACAAACGUGGAGACGGAGAACAAGGAGCUGAACGCGAGGCUGGUGGAGCUGGAGGAGCAGAGCCAGCAGGAGAAGAGGGAGCUGGAGGCCAUCGUGUUGGAGCUGCAGGAGCAACUGACGAGCCUGAUUCCGUGUGACUCCAACAUUUUGGCCAAAAACCUGUCAAUCCCUCUCGUCAACCAAUGGCAACAGCCCUACAACAAUCAUGACGAUGGCAAGCUCUUUCGCAGGAGGAGCUUCCCCAGCACAGAGCUGCUGUCAGUGGUCAGCCUGGACUCCGACUCCCAGAAUACAGCAGGGCAGCAGAAUGGAGAGGCGUGGUGCACAGCAGAUAAAGACUACACCCCUUCCAUGAUGGUCCUGUGUGGUUCUCUAAACUCCCUGCCCAGCUGCAAGUCCCUGGCAAGCCUUAAGUCCAGCGAGUGCCUGGUCCACAUCAGCACAGACAACAGCCCUGCCCUCUCUCCCAGCUAGAGGGCACCAAAGAACGACUGCCAUUCACAAACACUGGGAGACACAGGUCAACCCAACAUGAGAAACCUGGGUCGUGUUCAUUAAGCACCAAACGGGUGAAGACAAACUGAAACAGGGAGGGACUCCCUGGACUUGUCAAAAAAAUAAACACAAAUGUUCCUUUUUUUCUUCUGCUGUCAAAAGGAGGACGAUGUUCCCCCUCAAUAAAUCUUUAAAUUCCCUUUAUUCCACCCUCAUUCCUCAAAUCCAACGCUCUCUCAUUUCAAAACACUGUCAUUCUAUAUGACCGUCUCAUCUCUGACUGAAAAGCCUGUCUAUCACAUGCAUCUCCAAUCGUGUCAAAAAAGAAAACCAACCGGAAGAGCUGCAGUACUGCCCAAACCCUUCAAUUCCACUGUCUUUCAAUGUCUUUACUCGGCUGAACUACGCAUCAUCUCCUAUAGAUAGGAAAUAUGGUUGCUUACUUGAAAACAUAGCCAUUACACAAUUACAGAUCGUAAUUUACAAUUUACAGGAACUACAAACUUGUAUCUCUCCCGUUGACCAAAACAUUUCACCUCCCUAGAGGGUUGUACUGUAGAAUUAAAACUAUCUGUCUGUGUUCGUCUGUCUCUUGUCUUCAGUCUUGCAAGUCUGUCGGUAGUAGUAUCGGUACUAGUAUCUACUUUCUGCCUACUGUGAACUCUUGCAGUGCAGGGCUUUGAACUGUCAGGGCCACCUUGACACCAUUCAGAAGCUUAGCCAUUUUUUUCCUUUGCCAUAUUACACCUGACGUGGCAUUAUUACAAGUCUGUUAGCACAAGCUAACAUUGAGGGAUGCAAAAAGGUUUGUAUUAUAUCAUUUCUAAACAUACAGUAGUGGCCACUCUUGAUUGUGAAGAAUAAAUUAGCAGUGCUUCAAAUUACCAAGUAUGUAUCAAUGAGGCUUUGGGCCCGACUCAGUCAAUUCAGUUAUCCAGGUUUUCAGGAUAUGGCGAAAAUGAAAUGGCUCUUGUACUGCACGAAUGCAUGGAAUUUAAGUGUGGGGAAACAACCAGAGACAUAACUGCGUAUCAAUUCAAGGCUGUGUUGCUGUGCAGGAUGGAUGUUGCCUUUCACUUAUCCUUCUGACCUGGAUUUAAUUGUUUUGAUUGAAUUGUCUGUCUGUCUAUGAGUGCGUUUUUGUGUGAGUGUAGGACUUACUUGUAUGAGUAUUGGAUGUUGCAAUUUUUGGGGGGGUGUAUGCUAUUUAUUUUGUAUUAUGAUGAAUUCCCAUUAUACUUACUCGUUUUAUUUAACUUCAUGUGGAUAGCCAUCUCAUCCCAGGUGUUGGGAGUUUGGAUGUAUGUCAUUUAAAACAGCAAUAAAACAACCUUUUUUGUUAAACAUUA